AUGCCAGAGGUCAUUAGUCUUCUUACUUCCACCCCGCCGCCGCCUGCAAAUGUCGGCGAGCCGUCGUCUUUGGCCAGGUUCCAUUCCAGCCCUCCUGCCCCCGCGCCCGCCGAUCUACGAAUCCUGUCCGACGAGGUUGGCCUUCCGGAAUUCACAAACGACGAUGAGGACGGGUUCAAACCACCUCCCAAGAGAAGGCGAUUAACUCCGGAGCCGGACAGAAUAGCGGACUCACCGAGCGAUCACCAUAAUUCCCUACCAUCGCGAAGUCAGAAGAACCUUUUUGUCUUCUCCGACGAACUUGCCCCCUCCUCCGGCGGUCCUAAAGCCGUCUCGAAAGCAUCGGCUUUUACGCUAGACUCCGAUCCCAUCGUUUUUACCUCAUCGGCGCCCGAACCGACACGCAAGAGUCCGUCUCCGAAGACGGAUAGGAACAAUAGAUUAGCCACAAGGGAUGCGGAGGAUAUCUUGAGUGAUUACGGAACCACUGGCACCAAUGUCCCUCGAGGUACUCUGGGCGCACCACGUGGGAUAGGUCGGCGCGCCUAUUCAUGGAAAAAAAGCAUAGAAGAGUUUAGUGAUCCGAUUCGUGUUCCAGAUCCGAGUGAGCUUUUCGACUUUCAGGACGAGAGUGAUUUCGUGGACUCUGGGAUAGGUUCCGGACUCUCGAGCCGAACCGCAAGUCUGUUGGCUAAUCUUGGAGGCCGUUCUGAUAAUACAGCUCGCGCGAACUCGAAACAACCUCGAGCGAAUACUAUUGAUUUGGAUGAAGAUGACUCGGACUUGCUUCCCGAACCCCGGGGUCGCAAACCGAAGAAGACCGCGACGACGACGAAACGGACAAUGGUAGAUAAGGAAGCUAAAGCAAAAGAUCGCGAGGCAGCUAAAGCGCAACGUGACCGCGAAAAGCAGCUAGAAAAGCAGUUGGAGAAGGAGCGGAAGCAGAAACUCAAGGAGGACAAGGCAAAGGAGAAGCAGCUCGCGUCUGACAUCGCGCAUGCCAAUAAGCUGAAAGUCGACAAGAAAGAUUCAACUCCUGAGAUGAUUAUUGAUCUUGCCUCUUCGUUCCAAGAGACCAGCAUCGGCAAUCAGACACUCGAGUAUAUGCGCCGUCUCGGGGUUGAGCAUACCUUCUUUGACAGUCCAAUCGCAAACGUCGUCAAGUGGCGACGGAAAAUGAAAGCCAGGUUCAACGACACCCUUAGGCAUUGGGAGCCCUGUGAGCUCCACAUUCGCGAUGAAGAGCAUGUGCUGUGUCUCGUGACGGCACAGGAAUUUGUCGACAUGGUCAGCUCCGGCCUCGACUCAGAUGCCCCCGACGCAACCAGUGAGCUGGAGAUCCACGUUCUGCGUAUGAAAAGCGCGCACCCCGACUGCACAAUAAUCUACCUCAUCGAAGGCCUCUCAGCCUGGAUGCGCAAAACCUCCAACGCCCGGAACAGAGCAUACCAGGCCGAAUUCCGCCGCCACCUCGACGAAGUGCAAGGCGCCUCCUCAACAGCUCCAUCAUCAGCCGCGAGUCGCCGCAAAAAGACAAAUAAACCCGACAGCCCCCCUCCUGUAGAUGACGACACAAUUGAAGACGCCCUCCUCAACCUGCAGGUAACCCACCGCUGCCUCAUCCACCAAACCGCCGCGGCGCCAGAAUCCGCCGAGUGGAUCAAGAACUUCACCGAGCACGUCUCGACCGUACCCUACCGCCGCCAAAAGCUCGAGGGAAAUGACUCCGCGUUUUGCAUGGAUACUGGCCAGGUCAAGCCCGGCGAGAACAAAUCCGAUACCUUUGUGCGCAUGCUGCAGGAGGUGAACCGUGUUACAGCAUCAAUGGCCUACGGCGUAAUCAAUGAGUAUCCAAGUGUCCUUGAACUGGUUCAGGGCAUGCGCGCCUCUGGCCCUACGAUGUUGGAGGAUGUCAGGAAAUCCGCAAACAAAAACGGCGCCAUUACAGACUCCCGUAUCGGUCCCGCCGUUAGUCGGCGCCUAUACAAAGUCUUCAUGGGUCUCGACCCGAAUUCAACGGACGUCUAG